AUGUCGGUCACUUUCGCAAGUGAAGAUUUGAGUUUUGAUCCUGAAGAUUAUCCUUGCCAAAUUAGAAGUACUUCAACGUUCACUCCACCAACUGAAGCAGAACUAAAGCAAAAGAAGAAGCUUAUUGGUGAACUUCAGGCAGCAUUAGAUGAUUGGGAAGAACGUUGCGAAAAUCCAGAUUACGAGCCGAUAACAACCGUUAAAAAAAUAGCUGAAAUAAUAGAAGAAAGUAUGGAUGAGUUUUUAAAAAGAGAUCCUGAUCCACUUGAUGAUCGGCACCCUCAUAGGACGCAUCCUCAAUCAGCAUUUGGCAAUCUUCUUAAGAUUUUAUUCCGAAAUGACGAUUUCAUGAAUAAGUUAGUAAUAUCUUAUAUUUUGGGUCGCGACAACGUUGAACUUUCUAUUCAAUCAUGUCGCCUACUUCUUGAUUGUGUUCCCGGACUAGAUUCCAACGUUGUAUUCUCAGAACCCGAUGAUUUUGUUCCUCGUUUAUAUGCAUGGGCAAAAAGUGAAGAGAACGAAAUGCUGCAAGCAUAUUCAAUGGGUUUACUAGCUGCUGCUCUCGAAAUAAAUGAAAAUGCUUCGAAAUAUCGCUUAGAAAAUGCUGCUCUUGUUCCAGUUGCACUAGCAAAGCUCAAGCUAUUAAAGUUGAAAAUGGAAGAAGAGCGCGCGCAAAACAGCACUAAUCAACAUUAUCCGUUUACCAACUUUGCGCAUCUCAUUGACGAAAGUAGCAACAGUAAUGAAGCAGAAUCAACGAAAUCGAAAGAAGGAGAAGAGGAGACAGGCCCAAGUGAAAAACAGCCAAUUACUACGCAGAAGACAACUGCCGAAGAACCACCGAGUAAUGCAGAACAGUCCUCUACUACAGACAAAAAUAGAAAAGUUAAACAUCGCGAUGAUGAAGAUUCGAAUUCGUCUCAACCACCAAAAAAACGAAGAAAAUCCAAGCAUCACCAAAAUAAAGAAAAUGGUGUAAACAUACAAUCACAAUCGAGAAUUCCGUCGUUUAGCUCUCUUCAAAACUUGGACAACAGCAAUUCGAAGUGGGACAUUCUGCAACCAUUUCUUAUUGGAACUCACAAAAUAUUUCCGAUGUCUUUGCAAAUGUACCAAAGACUCAUUUUGCAAUAUUUGGCGCCGACGGGCGAAUAUCAAGAUCUUCUGAGCCUGGCUUACGAAGGAAAUGCGAUGGAUUUGAUAAUGGAUUAUAUUGAUUUGGAGAAAUCGCAAGAUGUUCGACUCACUUUUGAUGCCCUCAAAUAUCUCACUUCUCUUCUCGUUCACAGAAAAUUCGCACUAGAAUUUGUGGGCCGUGGAGGCGUCGAAGCGCUUCUGAAAAUCCCACGAUCAUCUCUUGCCUCGGUCGGCGUUGUAACCUCUUUGUAUUAUAUUUCGUACAACUCUGAUGUAAUGGAAACUUUAUGCCAAUUAAGCGAGAGCAUUGUUACAGAAGUUGUCGACUACGUUUUGUGGUGUUUGGAGCACAGUCAUGAAAGUGGAAUGUCAAGCGCCGCAAUGUUCUUGGCACAUGCUGUUUAUUACAAAACAAUUCUGGAUCGAUUUGAUCAAAAAGAUGGUCCAAGGAAACUUUAUAAUUACAUUGCAACCCUCAAUAUUAUUCAAGAAGUUGCUGCAAAAGAUGAUUUUGAAUUGACCGAAGAACAGGUUCAUACAAGCACCCAAAGCAUCAGAAACGCUGUUUCCUCGUUCCGAAGCUAUGUCGCCGCUCAUCUCUUUGUCAAAUUAGAAGCAAUACGGAGAUCGAUCGGAGUGAAGAAUUUUGCAGGAUUACCAUUUCCCAGUACUUUGCUCACCGACAUUCCCGAGUAUAAAUCAAUGAAAAUUCACGAAGAGCAUUGCUGGGAUGCGCAAAUUGUUCUCUCCAACAUAUUUCGUCUUUCGAAUUCUGGUUGGCGUCCUAUUGAGGAACUCCGAAAACUUGGAUUAAUCAAAACCAUGUUUGCUGUUCAUAUUCUUUCGAGAGACUGGAAUCCGCCGAACAACAGUCGCGCUGAAAUGUCAAUCCAUGCAUUGGAAGUGAUUUCAAUUUGCGCGUGUCUGCCGAAAGUUCAACUCGAAAUUCUCUCAGUUAAUAAUUAUAUUCACACAGACGUCGAUGGAGUCUCAACUCUUCUUCGUACUGCAUUGGGUGAUGAUGGCGAAGAAGGCGAGGUCCGAAUCGCUUCACUUCAUGUACUCAUUAUUUGCAUGUACGUUUGUCCUGAGAUUUAUAAGAGAUUAGACCAUCCUGUUCUAAAAUCAAAUGACAAAAAAGACGGCAGAAAAUCGGUGAGCAAAUCCGUGUUAUUUUCUCCACCGAAAGCACAUUUGGAAAGAAUGUGGACUGCGGUUCGCCAUUGUGAUGGGAUUAUGAUUCUUCUUGAAAUAAUUAAUUCGAAAGUGCCGCUAGUUGAUGCGGAUAAUCUUCGAAUGAAUGCGUGCAGAGCUCUUACUGGUCUUGCUCGUUGCGAACAGGUCCGUCAAUUGCUUUCCGAAAUGCCGCUCAUUGCGAAUAAUGGACUGCAAUCAUUGAUGCGAGAACCUGUAGCUCUUGAUAAACGGGCUGAACACAAUCACUUUUGUCGAGAAGCGAAGGCUUUGCUGGAAAUUGUAACUGGAAAGAAAGUCACCGAACAAAGUACAACAGACCUUACGCAGGAAAAAAUGCACAAACAGUGGAUUGUUGAAAAUACAAAAAUCAAUUACAACGGCAAGGAGCUUCUUCAGCUUAUUUAUGACCAUCUUCAACGGAAGGGACUCACGUCUACAGCUGCUGUAUUGCGUAAUGAAGCCGACUUGAAAGAUUUGGGAUCAACGAAGUCUUCGAAACCGAUUGAGGCUGGUUUAGAAUCAUUGGAUACAACUCCAGUGCGAAAAACGACACCAACAUCAAUCCAAUCCACAUCAAAUGAUGAUGGGUUUGUGACGCCGUCGAUUUCGAGAGUCAAAAUAAAAUGUGCUGGAUCAGCUCAACUUCCGGCAUCUUCUCCAGCGAAUGGUCCAAAGAAGUUCUUGAUUAGUCCAAUGAAACCGAAGCAAUCAAUUCUGAACGAUGUUGAGUCGGCUCCGCCAAAACCGUAUCGCGCACUCGAUGAUAUUCUCACCGAGUAUUUGCGGCAACAACACGCUCAUUGCACCAAUCCCGUCACCACUUGUCCGCCGUUUUCUUUGUACUAUCCGCAUCGAUGCCCUGAACCGAGAGCUUCGGCAAGUAUGCUUAACAAUUUUGCAUGGAGACGACUCAAUUAUGAUGUGAUGACGAGAUCCCAGAGGAUUGUGGCGAAUUGGAGAGAUGAGAGGUUUAUCUUUAGUCGAUUCAGACCCUCGAAAUUGCUCUUGGAACACGAGGAAACAUACACGGCCGCGUCAUUUUCUAUUGAUGAUGAACAUCUUAUUGUUGGUUUAUUCUCUGGCGAAUUGCUCUGGAUGAACAUUGAAACAAGGAAUUCAGAAUCAUCGACAAACUGCCAUAACAGUGCGAUUACCAACAUUGAACCAUCAUCGGAUGGAACAAUGCUUCUAACAUCGUCGGCAUUUGUACGACCUUUGUCUGCGUUAUGGAAAUUAGGUCAAACCCAAGAAAUGUUGCAAGUUUUCAAAGAUGACAAUUGGGUCAAAUUUUCUAAUUUAAAUCUUGAUCGUAUUAUUGGAACUAGUGGGAAUCAAGCAACACUUUAUGACACGGAGACCAACCACCCCUUGAUGCAUUUCAAACCAGAGCAAUUUUCCGAACAACGAUAUGUGAAAAACAUCGCCUCGUUAUCGCCAUGUGAUCAGUUGGUGUUCAGCGAUGGAGUUCUGUGGGACGUGCGAGCCUCGCAAGACAGCAUUCAUGUCUUCGACAAGUUGAAUUCGUCGACGAUUAAUGGUGUCUUCCAUCCGCAUGGAAAUGAAAUAAUUAUUAAUACGGAAGUGGUAAGAACUUUAUUUGAUGUGAGGAAUUAUCGAGUUUUGAAGCAUGUUCCGGCAAUUGAUCAAUCCCGCUUGAUUUUUAAUUCAACGGGAAAUAUGAUGUAUUCAUCAAUAUGGACGGAAGCAGAGCAAAGGUAUUCAGAUGACGAAUCGACGUCAUUCAGAACUUUAGAUACGAAGGACUAUUCGGUCAUCACUACAUUAGAUAUAAAGAAACCUUUGCUUGGUCUUUGUGCAUCUCAUGGUGAUUCUAUGAUGGCUGUUAUUGAGAAGCUUCGGCCAACACAGAACGAAUUUUCUUACCAAUCUGCUUCCCAAAUUCGAAUCACGGAGGUUGGAAUUCAGAAGGAUAGUGAAGAUGACGCUGAUGAAGUCGAAGAGGAUGAAGAAAAUAAUCAUUCUGAUGACGGAAGCACAACUGAUUCCGAAGAUACGAUUGGAUAUGACAAUGAAAGUGAAGAUGAAGCUGGCGUGUUUGCAGCCAUUGGAAGAUUAAAUGAUAUGGAAUCGGAUGCAUCUCUUGACAACAGCAUUAUCGAUAUGCGUUAUUCUGAUUCGUCAACAUCGGAAUCAACUAGCGAUAGCGAGAGUGAUGACGGUAGCAGCAGUAGUAGUUGGGAAACAGCUAGUGAAGAGGAAUGGAUCGCUGCUAAUAAUGACGACGACGAUGAAGCCGACAGCAGUUAUGAGCCGGAUGCUGACCAGUAUAACAGUCAAAGCACUACCGCUUUAAACCCCCAUCUUCGUCGUCGUAACAAUAGCAAUGCAUAA